GACAGUCAGUUCAUUGUCAUGGGCCCUUGGGGGUCGAUCGAGUGACACCGCUGACUCACAGAGGAGACGACAGAAGACACAUGAAGAAACAACAACAAAAAACACAAGUGACAAGAAGUAACUAAGGACAACAAGGCUUUUAUAAGUACCAGCGCAGGAGGAACAGACAGUGAGGGGCACACAGGGUGAGUGCUUCUUCCACAGGGGAGACUGUCUUCAGCGUUUUGCCUCCACACAGCAGAGAGAGCAGUCGACAGGAUCACCCAAAUACAUCAUCUGUCAUCUACCCGUCAGUCUAGCCAGUGAGGAAGGGGCACAGACAUGAAGAGACCACACGACUACAGCUCCCCAGACUCGGACACAGACGAGUUUAUUGACGUGGGACAAGAAGACAGCUAUUGCCCAGUCACUGGGUCCAUGUCUCCUGGCAGCGCCUCGCAGAUUCUGGCCCGAAAGAAGAGAAGAGGGAUCAUAGAGAAGAGGCGCAGAGACCGGAUCAACCACAGCCUGUCAGAGCUCAGGAGGCUGGUGCCCAGUGCUUUUGAGAAGCAGGGUUCAUCCAAGCUGGAGAAAGCGGAAAUCCUGCAGAUGACCGUGGAUCACCUCAAACUCCUGCAUGCCAUGGGGGGAAAAGGUUACUUUGAUGCGAGGGCUCUGGCAGUUGACUACAGGACCUUGGGCUUUAGAGAGUGCGUUGGAGAGGUGGUGCGGUACCUCAGCUCCCUUGAUGGGGAGUCGCCAGACCCUAUUGGAGCCCGCCUUGUCUCCCACCUUUCCCACUGUGCAAGUGAGCUAGACCCCCUUCUCCUGCAGUCGCCCCCAGCCUCCGCCCUGCCUUUUCCUCCCUGGCCGUGGGCGUCCUUCCCUCAAAUCUCCCCCACCUCACCGGCCUCCUCCUCACCUUCGUUCCCCAGUGGGCGAAGGGAUCUGGCCUUGCUGGGGAGCUAUCCGCCGCCCGCCUCCCUCCGCCUCGGCCCCCUGGCUGGCUGCCAGCAGGGUGUACCACCGCUUCUUGCGCCCACAGCUCUGGCCACAGUCCACAGGUUGCCCUCCCUCGCAGCGUCCCCGGCCCUAGCCCCAUCCAGACCCACUCAGCCGUCCCCUCACAGCGCGACCAGGGCCUCGCCUCUUCCCCUCCCCACCCCUUCCUCUUCCUCUCCUUCUACCUCCUCCUCCUCCUCUUCUACUUCAUCAUCUUCUGCCCCACUGCAAGUCUCUUUCAGGCCCUUCGCACCUCUGGGGUCUCCCACAGCCCAGCGCAGGGGCUUGAGCGGACCGGCCAAGUCGGCCCAGGGAUGGGGGACUGAGAUCGGAGCUUUCUGAGCUCUGGUUUUCCAAAUGAACUCUGUACAGUGUACAUGGAGCUCCCAUGUGCACCAUGUAGCAAAUAUGAAACUGUUGGAGAGAGACGUAUUGAACCUUUGAUGACUGUCUUUGGUUUUGAGGGACUCUAAAAGCCAUAUCAGACUGUGGGUGAAGUUUCAGAUAAUCACAAACAAUCAUAUAUAAUGGAGCAAUGAAGGAAUGUGAAAGAAUACAGGAUAUGAAUAAAAUUGAAGAUCUUGUUUGACAAAUACACACGUACACAGUGCCCAA